CUGCCAAGCAGCGGCGGUAAAACGGCUCUCACGUUUCAAGAUGGAGUCUGUGUAUUUUACAUAUGAUAUAGAAAAGUGUGCUCGGUGGAUCCAAACAAAUACACUCAAACAGGUAUGUCUUCAAUUUCCUGAUAGUUUAUUACCAGAGUCUAUAGAAGUUGCACUACAUUUGGAAAAAAGUAUAGGACAGAAAGUAUAUAUCUUAGGAGAUACAACUUGUGGUAGCUGUUGUGUUGAUGAAAUAGCAGCUCAACACAUUAAUGCAGAUGGUAUAAUACAUUUUGGACAUGCCUGCCUUAAUCCUACUGCUCGUCUACCAGUUUUGCACAUUUUGCCAAAAAAGCAAUUUGAUACGACGGAACUCAGUAAUGAAUUCAAACGCAUCUUCUCAGAUUUCAAAAAAAUUUUAUUCUUCUAUGAUGUGGCAUACGCGCAUAAAAUUGAGCAUGUAUAUGAUAUAUUGAAACCUAUGUAUAAACAUUUAAUCUUAUCUAAAUUAAAUUGCACAUCAAACGUGGAAUAUACUGAUACAAAAAUAAUCAGUGGCUCAACUGUCUUAGGCAGAAAUUAUAUAUUGGAAAAUGGAUAUAAUAUUCAAGAUUAUGAAGGAUUUUUUUGGGGAGAGGAAGGAAAAACUUUCUCAAUAUUAGCAAUGAGUAUACAUGUCAAAAGAUGGUAUUCUUUUGCAAAUAGUAAGAUUCACGAAUUUGAAGCAUUAAACACACCCUGGCUAAGACGAAGGAGAUUUUUAAUAGAAAAGCUAAAAGACGCCAAAGUUGUGGGAAUUGUAGUAGCUACAUUAGGCAUUAAAGAAUAUCUAACAGCUAUAAGCACAGUGAAAAAGAUUCUUAAAGCAAAAAAUAAGAAAUCUUAUAUUCUUAAUGUAGGAAAAAUUAAUCCUGCUAAACUUGCAAAUUUCCCAGAGAUUGACGCUUUUGUUGUAAUAACUUGUCCAGAGAAUGAAGUAUUUGACUCAAGAGAUUUUUUAAAACCUAUACUUACGCCAUACGAAGUUGAAUUAGCGUUUAAUAGUGCAAGAGAAUUUUGCCUACAAUAUUUUAUGGACUUUCGACAGAUAUUACCAGGAGGCUCUCACUAUGUCAGUUUUAUACCAUCAUCUGAUUCAGAUGUUUCUCUUAUUAGUAGUAGUGUUAGAAACUGUGAGGAUGAUACUUCAUGUACAGACCAAAUGAAUGCUCUGACGAUUCAUUCAUCAGGUACUAUUGCCAUUGGUAAAGCUGGAGCUCAAUAUUUACAAGAGAGAUCCUGGAAGGGUGUGGAACAAAGAUUAGGUGAAGAUCCUGUGCAACCAGCAGAAAUUGGUCGUACUGGACUAGCAUGGGAAUAUACAAAUGAAUUUAAUAUUUAAAAACAUAAACAUAAUAUAAAAACAGAAUAAAUUAUAAUAUUUCUAAAGAUUUUUAUUCUAAAGUAUUCUCGAUUUCGAGUUUUAUUUAACGAUUGAUCUUGGGGGAACUUUUUACUUUUAUAUAAGCUGAUACAUAUGAAUCAAUAUUUCGAUGUUAAUCAAAACUAGAGCCCCUAUCGUUUGUGAACUAAAUUUGCGACUUUCUCGCAAAAUAGUCUCCUAAUAAUUUAGAAAAAUAAAUUUUCGAAAGUA